GCCGUAGCAAAGGUCACAACAUUGGAAUCUCCGAGCGAGCCUUUCCUCAACCAAGCAAAAGGUGUGGCGCUUCCUGACACCCCACCAAUGGACGGAAAGGAGGCCCAAUGUUGAGAUAACCUUCCCUGUUCCUCUUGCUUCUCUUUAAAAUCGAAGUGCUCAAAGCGGUGAAAAUGCAAGGGUUCAAGAGGCUAGGUGUGCUGUACCUGGCGGCGGCCGUGGGGGUGAUUGUGGCGCAAUUCGAGUACCACAAGGAUAGUGACACCUUCGACCAGAUCGACACCCUAAUUAGAGCAGUUACACCUGAGAACUGCUUUAUUAUGCCAAAGAUGAAACUCUACCUGCCAGAGGACAGUGUCUCACACUUGCCGGAAAUCAAAGAAGUCAACAUUAACCCAAUAUUCCCUAAUCGAACAGCUCUGCAUCACCUCCAUAACAUGGCUCACUCCAGAGCCUUCUUCUUCUCUUACAUUCUGCAGUCACGGUUCAAAAGGCCAGCAUUAAAUGCAUCAGAGAGUACCUCAGAGUAUGAUCCAGGCUUUAUGUAUUACUUCCUGUCUGCGGUGGCAGAUGUUGCGGCGAACCCAAAGAUCAAUUCCAGUGCCAUUUAUUUCCAGCCAAAUAUGGCCUACACUUCCUCAUACAAGGGCUUUUUCAACAAGACAAUGCCACUUUUUGCACCAAGAGCAUUCAGAAUGGAUGAUUACAAUGAUCCAGUCCAUCUGGAAAGACUGUCAACACUAAACUUUUUCCAAGUGGAGGACCUUGGUGCCAUUAUGCCCACUGGCCAGAGGUCACACAACUACACUCUUGAGGAUUACCGUAUUAAUGAGUGGUAUUACUCUUGGCUGCCUCAUACCAAUAAGCGGCAGGAUGGUCUCACUACUUAUCAGGUCAAGAUUUGUUAUGCAAACAACACCAAUGAGACCUAUGUGUUCCACGGUCCAAAUGCUCCAGACGAAAACCCUGGACCUGUUAAGUUCACCCGGCCGUACUUCGACUGUGGACGCUCAGACAAAUGGAGUGUGCCUGCUAUUACACCUUUUGCUGAUUUAUACCCUCGGCACACACAAUUCAGGCACAUUGAGUACCCAACGCUUACUGGAAUAUCUGUGAUGGAAAUGGAUUUUGACCGGAUAGAUAUAAACCAGUGUCCAAAAGGAGAAGGAAAUGAAGGUCCAAAUCGGUUUGCAGAUACGGCGAAGUGUAAAAAGGGCACAACAGAGUGUGAGCCUUUAGAUGGCUAUGGCUUUAGAAGAGGUGGCUACCAGUGUCGAUGUAAACCAGGGCAUCGAUUACCAAAUGUAGUGCGACGGCCUUACCUAGGGGAGCUUAUAGAACGAGCGACUCUCUAUCAAUAUCAGAAUUCCUUUAGUUGUACACCAAUUGGAUGGAUCCAAAAAUUGCCUUUUGACUACAACAGAAUGGAAGAGUUUGAGAGACAGCAGUACCUAUCCCGGGAUUACUACAACGUCACAGGGGCCAAUGCAGCGAGGGCCAGCACCAUGAAUGUUGAUGAGGUGAUAGAAUUUCUCAAGUCAGUCACUGCUGAAAACUGCAAGAGUUUCCACCCAGAUGACUUGCUGCUCAGGGGUGACAUUGGGUUUGGAAUGGAAAAGCAGUUUGAGAACGAGGCCAGGAUGGCGCUACGUCUCGCAAACUUCCUCAGCGCUUUCAUGCAGGUGGUUGACCAUAAGGAGUUUCUUGGUUUGGGUUUUGUGGAUUUUUUUGCCCGAGGCCCAGAUGAGGGGAAUUUGUCUAUUAUUCUUGGAAACAGUAGGGUUUGGGCAUCAGGAAUGUACUGGGACCGCAGUAAAUUUUACAACCGACCCCAUUUUCCCCCCUUUGGGUUACAAACAAAUAAAUACAAGAAGUUCGGAAAGGAAAUUUGGUCGUUAACCCCCAAGGAAGCUUACACUAAUAAACCCUGGUUCAGGAAAUUGAAGAGUAGAUGGUCAACUAAUUUUGAUGACCUAGAGAAAUACUGGAUCAAAUUGAAGCUGAGGCAUAACUCUACUGGGAUGCACUCCAUUAAAUAUGAAAGAUACCCAACUUUCUACAAGGCAGCUGAACUUCAGCAUGGCCAGUGGAGUACUCCGGAGUUUGACUGCGAUGGCUUUGUCAAGAAGUGGGUUGUUCACUACACAGCUCCAUUCUUUGGCUGGGAUGCUUUGCGGUCAAAGCUUGAAUUUAAGGGUGCUGUCAGAGUUACUAUGGAUCUCAUGAAACUAGACAUCACCCAAUGUCCUGAUGAGUUUUAUGUCCAAAAUGCCUUUAAGGACACUCACCGCUGCGACAGGAAGUCAUCUUAUUGCGUUCCAAUCCAAGGCCGAGGAUUUGAUACAGGUGGAUACAAAUGUGAGUGCAUCCAGGGUUUUGAGUAUCCAUUUGAAGAUCCCAUUACAUACUUUGAUGGACAGUUGGUAGAGGCAGAAUACUUGAACAUCAUUCGUGACAAGAAAACAAGGUGAGUGGAUUUAUGUCGUGUAAU